AUGAAAUUCACUACAGUCAUUGCUUCAUUAGCUUUAGUUGGUUCAAUCCAAGCUAAAUUCCACAACGACACCGGCGCUGCCGUAGCUGGAAGUGAUAAGAAGAACUCCACAGGUGGUGCUGUUGCCGGUAGUGACAAGAAGAACGCUACUGGUGCUGGUAACUCAUCAGGUGGUGCUUCUGGUAACGCAGGUGCCAUUGCUAACGCUAACAUCUAUGGUGGUGCUGCUGUUGUUGCCGCUGCUAUUGCUUUAUUAUACUAA